UGCCGGUAACGUGUGAUCGCUGACCAAAUUCCUCGUUGAAAUUCAGCCAAUUUUACCCCUUAAGUAGUAGCGUUAGUAGCAGAUUAACAGACGCAGGAUGGCGGCGGCAUCCUCCAGCCUCCAGUACGAUGCGGCCAUCGGUGGUAGCGUGGAACUGCCGAGCGAAAUCGAUAUGGUACGGUUUGCGGAGGAGCGGCGCGAUGAGGUGUGCCUGAUGAUCCGCAAGAUGGCCAGCAACGAGCACCAGCGCAAACUGAUGCACCAAUCUCUGCCACUGCACAUGCGACGCCGUGCCAUGUCGUACAAUCCGAAGCGAUUGCCCCGCAAGUUCCGGGCCGUACACGUGGCCCAGUUUAGCAAGAGUGGUGUCUCGGAGAAGAAGAAACGACCGUCACGCCGGUUCCGGCGCAAACCGCACAAUCUGCUCAAGGAGUACGAACGACGGAAGCGAGCGUUCGUGUGGCUCGAAACGCACGUUUGGCAUGCCCGCCGGUUCCACAUGGUGUCCCGCUGGGGCUACAAGAUACCACAAACGCCCUGCAACAAGGGUUACCGGUCAUCGUAUCGGGCCACCUCAAAGCACGCCCUGCUGCACGAUCUGUCCUACGAAGGCUGUGUGGAGGUACGGGGUCCCGAGAGCACCCUUUUCGAUGGCCUCCGGCGAAUGGGCAGCGAACGGGUAGGGCUCACGAUGGCUGCGAAAGCGUACGGUGCCGGGACACGCGCCGGUUACGUGUGGCUGUUCGAGGAUGGCCAUUAUCCGUAUGGUUGCCUCGGUAGGGUACGGUUCGUGUGGCGUGCCACAGUGGCCAAUGAUCAACGGGGCCGCACAGUUUGGAUCUUUGCACAUCCCAGCUUCUACCGACGACUCGUGGAGCAGCUGGUUAGCAUCUUUGGGCUGAAGAAUGCUCUUCGCGAAACGGCGGAUACACUGGAAGACAUUACACGCAAUCCGGCCGAUAUACGAUGCCCACGGUACAGCACCAGCACUGCCGCUGGAACAGUGGAAGUGAUUGAGCUAAAGGAUACCCUCAAUCGGUUCCAUCUGACGGGCCCACUGGCACAGGCCACACUUGCCAAAGCGUUAAAACUAUACCAAGCCCCAGAACAGACGGCAUCAUCACCCCAGCACUGGUUCACUGACUACUCGACACCAAAAUCAUUUCGUAAAAUCCUCAACCACCAGACAGCCUACUGGGAUGCCGUCAAGGAUCUCACGUCACCGGGUGAACUGUCUCCCGGUGAAGCGAUCGGUCUUGUGAUCGAAGAUCCCCGCCUUAAUCGACCUCAGCGACGUACGAAAGCGUUACCUUCGCGGAUCCAGGCUCGGUAUGCUGCGCUGGCCACCGAUGAUGGGCUACUCGCGCCCACCACCAACACAUGCUUCUCACCGCUAUGGGACGAAACGAUCCGGAACCGAAUCACGGAAGAACAGAAGUCAACGCACGAACUGAACGUCAUGCGCAGCCGUGAAGCGCUGGUUCCGGGGGAACGGUGCGCCUCGGAAGCGUACCUACAACCCGUACCGAUACUUCUUCUCCAGACACCGGGCUCACAGGAUGCCGCUUACAAACGGCUUGGCUAUGGGUCGGGCUGGGAUGUGAUUGUGCCCGCCGGUUACGGACUACCGCUCUGGCACUCACUGACACGCUGGGGUGCGAAAGCGGCCGGCCAGAAGGAACUGGAAAUGAUUGCCAUAGAAUCGGGGUGCGAUCGGUCCGGUGUGCCCGAUACGAUUCUUGGACGUACCGAAUCCGCUACCGCCUACCAGGAUGCAGUGGCACGGUACUUCCGCCGGCCAAACAACCGGCGAGUGAACUACACGAAGCUAGCCAUCGCAUCACCAUUCCGUUGCCCCUGGCAGCAGCUCGUACAGGAGUGGAACCGAAGCAAGGAAGAGAUGGGAAGCGAUACCAGUCCGACUCAGUUCUUUGUGCUGCGCGAUCGAGACGCACUGGCCAAACUGCGGUUAGCGUUCGAGCGUAAGUUUAAUCUUCGCUCCAUCAAUCUACCCCCGGAUGCACUCGUACCACUGCUGCUGACAUUGAAAACUCGUGGCAAUCCGGGUGAGAAUGCUCUCAUCUGUCUACCGAAGCGGGAGGACUUUCGUGCCAACCGAGUAGCCCGUAUCGGGGGUGAUCAUAGUCCAGUGUACACGGAACCACUUCGCAAGGAUCCUCACGAGCACGAGCGCAAAAAGCUUCGGACGGAACACCUGCGAACGUUGAAACGCUUGCGACGGCAACGGGUACGUGAGAAGAAACGCCGUCAGCGGACUAACCCCGGGCAGUUGGUGAAGAUCGCGGCCGCCAGCAAUGCGGUGCGUGUGCGGGAACAGCUGGAGCGGAUGGCCGAACUGUGGUUACCGGGUAAACCGGCGAACGGGAUACGGAACCAGUGUAGCCGCGAGUGCUUCGGGUAUGUGACGCAGUGUUGCUUCACACUGACCGAGGGUAACGUUACCGGCAUUGGAUACGUGACGGUGAAGGGACUCGAGAAGCUCUUCAAAGUGUGUAACAAAGGCACAUUCAAGGUGCUGCUCCGCGGUACCAAGUCAAGGGGCUAUCGGUUCGCCACCAUUCGAUUGGGUGGUGAAGCUUGAUCGAUCGAUCGGUCCGUGUUGGGGGGGAGCGGUUCCUUACUCCACGCAAUAUGUAUAAUAGAAUUGCUGUUUGAAAUAUAACAAAAGAAAUG